UCCCUUCUGCUUUUUAAGGACCCGGCGAGGGUUGUUUUCCCCCAUCUUUUUCUUGAAGGUGCCUUUUCAAGUGGUCACCUUGAAACCUAGAUGCCUUCGUGUGCCUUUCUAAGCAUACUGUUACGUUCAGGAUGGCUGCAGCUCCUCCAAGUUACUGUUUUGUAGCCUUCCCCCCAUGUUCUAAAGAUGGGCUGGUGGUAUUUGGGAAGAACUCUGCACGGCCCAGGGAUGAAGUACAGGAGGUGGUCUACUUUGCUGCUGCAGAGCACGAUCCAGGAAGCAAAGUUGAGUGCACAUACAUCGAGAUUGAGCAGGUGCCCAAGACUCAUGCUGUGGUGCUGAGCAGGCCCUCCUGGCUUUGGGGGGCAGAAAUGGGAGCUAAUGAGCACGGAGUGUGUGUAGCCAACGAAGCUGUCGUGACCAGAGAACCAGCUUCUGAGUCUGAAGCCUUGCUGGGCAUGGAUCUUGUCAGACUUGGCUUAGAAAGGGGUGCAACAGCUAAAGAAGCUUUGGAUGUAAUAGUUGCUCUGUUGGAAGAGCAUGGACAAGGUGGAAAUUAUUAUGAAGAUGGGAGUUCAUGCCAUACUUUCCAAAGUGCGUUUUUGAUUGUGGACAGAAAUGAAGCCUGGGUACUGGAGACUUCUGGAAAGUAUUGGGCAGCUGAAAAAAUCACAGAGGGAGUGAAAUGCAUUUGCAAUCAGCUUUCAUUAACUACAAAAAUUGAUGCUGAGCAUCCUGAACUAAGGAAUUAUGUGAAAAGUCAAGGCUGGUGGAAUGGAGACUCAGACUUCAAUUUUUCUGAAGUGUUUUCUCUUGCUGAUGACCAUUUAGCCUGUUGUUCUGGCAGGGAGAGCCUAGAAAAGCAAGGUGGUGACGUUUCUGCACAAGCUAUGAUUGAUGUCCUGCGUGACAAGGAUAGUGGUGUCUGUGUGGACUCUGAAUCUUUCCUCACUACAGCUAGCAUAGUGUCUGUUCUGCCUCAGGACCCUAGUUUUCCCUGUAUUCAUUACUUCACUGGCACACCAGAUCCUUCAAGGUCCAUAUUUAAACCCUUUAUUUUUGUUGAUGAUGUAAAAUUAGUACCAAAAGUCCAGUCUCCUUCUUUUGGCAAUGAUGAUCCUGCUAAAAAGAUACCUCGAUUCCAGGAGAAACCAGAUCGUAGGCAUGAAUUGUACAAGGCACAUGAAUGGGCCCGAUCUCUCCUGGAGAACGAUCAGGAUAAAGGCCAGAAACUGAUGAGGAUUAUGUUAGACCUUGAAAAACAAGGUUUAGAAGCAAUGGAAGAUAUCCUUUCUCGUACAGAGAUUCUGGAUCCAGCUGAAGUAGUGGAUCUUUUCUAUGACUGUGUUGACACAGAACUAAAGUUCUUCAAAUAAACUACAGUGGCUAUUGUUAGCCUUUUCACUGGAAGACUGCAAUGUUCUUCAAGCCUUGAAAGAAAGUUCUUCACACUUGUGAUUUUGCAGGAAAAAACAUUUCUAGAGGAAAAAAUGUUACUUGCUAGCUGUAUCCAGUUAACAAAUUGCUUUCCUUUGUCCAAUCUCGUGGUGUUCCUGUUUGUGUAUGUAUAUAGUGAAAGGAGAAAGUCACUGACUGGUCCAAUUACUGUGUGCAUGCUGGCUAAUUUAGUACAGAAUGUUAAAAACAUGUAUGUUGGGCAACCAAUUAAAGUAAAGAUUUAACUUCA